UAUUAAUCCGGCAGCCAUUUAUGAAAGUGGUCUAUGGCGGAAAAGAAUAGGCCAGUACGGAAAGGUGGACGUUAUUGUGUGGCUGGGGCGCCCAACAAUAGAAGCUGUACGAGUACCAGCUACACACCAGGUAUUUCGAUGCACCAGUUUCCUGUAAAUCCAACAGUGAGAGCCCAAUGGGUGAAAUUCGUGCAGCGGCACCGAGUUGAUUUCGGCGAACCUGUUGCCAAACAUGCCUCGUUGUGUUCGGCUCACUUUGAGCAAAGUUGUUACGAGGGCAGCUUGGCAUUUUCGCUGGACGGUAUGACGCAGAUAAAACGGAACAAAGUUCUUAUCAAGGGCUCUGUUCCAACAAGACAUGCAGUUCUACCAGAAGGUCCUGAAGUUCUGACAGAUCGCAAAAGGCGACAGCUAAGGCGUGAUGCCUUUGCAGACUUUCAUGAGUCAGAGGCGAAGAAAAAGAAGGUUGAUGAGGCCAGGGAAGAAUCAAUGAGUAACCUUGUAGAUGAUCAUGAUGAUGAUACAAAUGAAGAGAAUCCGUUCAACAUCGCAACAGAUGUGUGCAUGAGCCCAACUGAUGAAAGUUCUGGCAGCACCAAUACCUCAACUGCUACUGUUUCUGUUAUCACUCCUUUCACUUCUCCAGUUGCCUUGACCUCCACCAACAAUACCUGUACUACGCCAGUCAAUACAGCACCAUCCCCCAAUGUAACACCAUUGCAAGGCAGCUCUUGUGUAGAUUGUGUAUAUAAAUCCAAAUUAAAAAAUCAGAAGAAGCAAACUAUGCGUCUAAGGAGAAUAGUAAAGGAACAGAAAAAGGAGAUAAGAGAGCUCAAAAGUAAAGUAAUUGAAACAGCAUCUGAAGGAGAAAUUGAUGUGCAGGAGGAAAGUGGGUCCAAAGAUUUAUUUAUCUGGUCAAGCACUGGGACUGAUACAGAUAUGGCAACAGAGAAUGAGGAUGGGGACUGGAAGUCACAGGCAGGAGGUUCCACAGAAGCUGAAGGUACUGAGGAUGAUGAAGAGGAAGAGAAUCUCUCAGAAGAAAGCAUGGAAAAAGAUAUCAGAGUUGAUCCAGAUACCCCUGAAUAUGAUGAUUGUCUCCACAGAGGAUGUCUUCUACAUGUUUUUUCCAUGAAGCAGAGCAGGCUAAACUACAGAUGUCUAUCAGUGACGAUACCCCAAGCAGCAGUCAACCCACUUCAAGACGACCUUACAAUUGUUCAAUAUGCCAAAAACCAUUGUGAAGUCACAAAAGCCGUUGCAAAAAAUAAAGUGACCAAACUUUUGUCACAGGAAGGUUUUCUGCGUGGUACAAUUUUCCUUCUUACUUCAAAUUUUCCAUGCCUGCAUUGCACUGUACUCAUCGACUUACAAUAUUUGCAGUGUACCUACAACAAGUUGAAAUUUUAAAUUUAGUCAAACUAGUGUGCAUGUAGAACCUAAGCUGUUUCUGGUUCACAGUCCAUACAUUACCAAACAAUAGAACAAGAAACAACCACCCAUGAAAAUCAAUUUGAAAAUUGUUGUUUACCGAGACAAUCAGUGUAGAACAAUCAUGUC